AUGGCGUUCGAGCUGGAGAAGCCCCCGUACCCCCUGGACGCCCUCGAGCCCCACAUGUCCAAGCUCACCCUCGAGUACCACUGGGGCAAGCACCACCAGACGUACGUCACGAACAUGAACAACCAGCUCAAGGACAACGCUGAGCUCAUGGGGAAGUCGCUCGUGGAGAUCAUCAUGGCCUCCUGGAACGGCGGCAAGCAGACGCCGGUCUUCAACAACGCCGCUCAGGUCUGGAACCACGACUUCUUCUGGAAGUGCAUGCGCCCCGGGGGCGGCGGCGCGCCCUCGGGCGAGCUCGCCGCGGCCAUCGACAAGGCCUUCGGGAGCCUGAGUCAGUUCAAGUCGGAGUUCAAGAACGCGGGGGCGACGCAGUUCGGGUCGGGCUGGGCGUGGCUCGUGGUCGAGAAGGACUCGAAGAAGCUCGCGAUCAAGAAGACGCCGAACGCGGAGAACCCCAUGUGCGACGGGCACACGCCCAUCCUGACGAUGGACGUCUGGGAGCACGCGUACUACCUCGACCAGCAGAACAAGCGCCCGGCGUACAUGGACAUCUUCCUGGAGAACCUCGUGAACUGGGACUUCGUGGCCGCGCAGUACGCCGAGGCCAUGAAGUAG